AUGGAAUUGGACCUGGACUAUCUGGAGCGAGGUGGUGGGGGUACCCUGACAGUGGGCGGGGCUCCGAGCCUGGAGCCCAGUCCCGACAGCCUCGAUCUCGUCAAAGUGGUGCUGCUCGGAGCACCUGCUCAAUUCGUGUGGAGCGAUUUCUCGGAGGAGUACGUGCCAACCGACCGUAAACAUACCUUCUACCCUUCGGUGAUCAUCAACGAGCAUUUAUAUGAAGUCAAAAUUACGGACGUUCCAGUAAUACCGUACUUCCCAAUAAAUUCAUACUACGAGUGGGCUCAUUACCGUUUUUAUGGGCUCAGAAGCGCUACAGCCUACAUCCUAGUCUUCGAUUUAUCUAACGUUGAAACUUUCCAGUACAUACGAACUUUGAGAGACCAAAUGGUGGAAAGUCGGGACAUGAGAAAUGUACCAGUGUUAGUGGUCGGCAAUAAACAGGACCUACUGUGUAGUAACACUCCGUCAGCAGCGAGUGGACUUCAGCAACUUGCGAUAGCUGAGAGCGCUUGUGGAGAUUCAAGAGAGAAGAGAAGAAAUAUCGUAAACUUAGUUCGUAAGCACUGGAAGUGUGGCUACGUGGAGUGUUCAGCUAAGUAUAAUUGGAGAGUUAUAGCUGUGUUCAAAGAGCUCAUGGAAAUGAUAGACGCUCUCGAGUGGAGUGGUGGAGGUAGAAGCUCGGAGCCACCGCCCGACUCCUCGGCCGGCGGGAGUACACAUGAGACUCGGUGCGUGAUUGCUUAG